AUGCGUAACAUAUAGUUUCAAUUUGCAAGAAAAACAUGAUUCGCCUCAGCCUACCGCACCGAAUUUAGACUUUAGAUCUAUAAUCAUAGAUUAGUUUUUUUUAAAAAAGGAUUGCAGGCAUGUGAAUACUUUAUUGUAGUGUGGCAUUUAAUUUUCUGGAUGUUCCUCAUACUUUCUAUAUACUUUUUUAAUUCAUCCUCCUAAUUUGGUAGUCGACGCGCGCAAGCGCAUUCUGCACUUCGAUGUUGCCAUCUUGACGGUGAAAAUUGAGGAAAUCUAUACUUUUUGACAGCGCAGAAAAUAUUGAAAAACAUAUCAGGUGAUGUAAAUUACUUUGGAAGAUUUGAAUAAAAGUUAUCAACCUGUGGUAAUGCAGUCACGGCCACGGAUGAGUGGUGACAGGACUGUAGGCCCCAUGUUGUUCCCAGGGAACAGUCCUGCCAUGCCCUCUCAUAUUCCCAUACAAAUGGCAGCGGCACCAGCACAAGGAUAUGCUUCAUCGAUUGUGUCCACUGGACCAUUUCCAACUCCGAUCAUGCAGAACACCGGAGGUCGUGCCAUAGACUCCACCAGUCAACCAAGUCGGAACAUUUUCCCCAUGCCCCCUCAUACGAUAGGAGGACAGACAACUCAUUCUGUGUUCCCAGCACCGCUUGUUAGUCAGGCUUGUGGGUCUAGCGGUGUGUACCCAUCAUCGGUUGGGACACGGCUAUCACAUUCGACAGUGUUUCCCACUCUGGGGAGCGGGGGAGGAAUGCAUCAGACAAUCCCUGCUCGUUAUUAUGCCUCAGGGGGUGGAACUCCACAUCUGGCUGUUCCAAUGAGCCCAAAUCUGUUACAUAUGUCAGGUGGGAGCAUUCCCCAGAGUCCGGUUUUGGCCUACCCAGGCACACCAUUUGUCAUUAGUGGAGGUCGGAGCCCAGGAAUUCCGGGAACAACCCAUCCCCAGGGCCACAUUCAGCUCCUCCCUCGGUCCUCAGGAACCACCUGUCCUGGUACUACACAUAUGCUUAGCCCGGUGAGCCCCAGCAUGCCAAAGGUUGUGGGACACAUUCCCAUCACAAAUACUAGUCCAGGAAAUCCUAAUGCAAAUACUGGUGCUCUAAGUCCCUGUCGAAGCUUUCCUAUGUCUGUACCCGGGGGGCUGAUCCUUUGUCCACCCAUGGGAGCUAGUGCCUUCCCAUCCACUACUAGUCUGGGUGCCUCCCACAAUCCUACGCAAUCGGAGUCUAGAGAGAUUGAAGGAGAGGAGCGGGCCACUGAUUUAUCGAAAAGACUUGCUGAAGAAACAAAAGUGGAAAAGAACAAUGGAGAGAGUAUUAAAACUCGGGAGAAAGAGAGUACUAUAACUCAGGAGAAAGUCAAAGAGGAGGGAGGCAAGCAACCGGAGAGAGAGAGAUAUUUGCGCUUCAAAAACCUGGACAUUGGGAACUGUAAUGAUGAUGGAGUUCCCGUAGAAUAUGAUGAUUUAGAUUUUGUGUGGGAUAAAUACUUAGAGGACACAGGCUCCACAGCUGUUCCAAAUGUAGCUUUCAAACACGUGGAGUACAGUUUAGAGAGUGGCUUCGUGAAGGGUAUGAAAUUGGAAGUACCGAACAGAUGUAAUAUUGGAACGUAUUGGGUGACGUCUGUCAUCAUGACCUGUGGGGAGUUGCUACGGUUACGGUUUGAUGGCUAUGAGGACGACUCCUCGGCUGAUUUUUGGUGCGACUUAAUUUCCUCAGAAAUUCAUCCAAUUGGAUGGUGUGCUCAGAAUAACCAGGUUUUGCAACCUCCUGAAGCUAUUAAGGAUAAAUUUGAUGAUUGGCGAGAAUUUCUGGUGAAAUCACUAACGGGGGCAAGAACUGCACCAUCGUUUCUUUUGGAUAAGUCCACAGGCACUACACCAGUAGACCAGUUAAAGAGAGGAAUGAGAUUAGAACUUCAGCAUGCCAUCAAUCCCACAGACAUCUGGCUUGUGAAGGUGUUAGAGAAUGUUGGAGGGCGUCUGUACCUGCGACUAGAGGGGUCCGAAGCCAGUUCUCAUGACUUCUGGCUCUUCUACCUAAACCACAGACUUCAUCCCAUUGGCUGGGCCAAGGCCAAUGGCUACAAGUACAGCCCUCCACCAGAAUUGAUCAUGCAGUUUCAAGAGGAAGUUGACUGGAUGAGAGUGUUGGAAACAGCUUUGAGAGAAUCGGAGAAGAUGGUGUUACCAUUAGCGAUAUUUAAGGACCAAGAGGACAUUCACGUCCAUCGUUUUAAGAAAGGCUGGAAACUGGAAGCUUUAAACCCUCUAGCAACAAACCAGAUCUGUCCGGCCACGGUGAUAAAGGUGCUGGACAGUCGAUACUUCAUCGUGGAGAUUGACAGUCUAGUAGAAGAAUCUUAUCCAAUCAGAUUCUCCUGUCACUCAAGGUCAAAGUUCAUCUUUCCAUGUGGCUGGUGCCAAAAGCAUGACAUCAGUUUAACUUCCCCAAAGGGUUGGCACAAAGGUCAGUUUAACUGGCAAGAUUACCUGAGAUACUGCAGUGCAACACCGUCACCAGAGUUUGUUGUGUCUCAAGAUGAAAACAUGUUUGAGGAAGGAACGAAGCUUGAAGCUGUGAAUCCUGAAAACCCCAAUCAGAUCUGUGCUGCCACGGUGACAAAGGUCAUGACUCCUAUUGUUUGGAUUCACCUUGACAAUCAAAAGAAAUCGGCAGAGAGCCAUAUUGAGCACAUGAACUCUCACAAUCUGUUUCCUGUGGGGUGGUGUGCCAGCAAUGGCUACCCAAUGCAACAACCAAGGAAAGCUCAGAAACCCGGAAGGACGGCAAAGACAGUGGAUGAAAAGAAGCCUGUCAAUAAAACAGAUGAAGCCUAUUCACAGAUGCAGCAAAAUGAAGAGAAUUCCUGGUGUCCAAAGAUUUACUACAACCACAAGUGUUUCUCAGGACCUUACCUCAGUAAGGGAAGGAUUGCAUCCCUCCCCAUGUGUGUGGGGCCCGGCCCCGUGGGUCUGGUAAUGAAGGAGGUUCUGUCCAAUCUCAUCAAUGUGGCUUACAAGUCUUUCAGGGUGCUCAAAGAACUCCAAGUAGAAGGGAAACCCAACCCAAAAAUGCAGCAGCAGACCAUUAAAGCCAAAUAUAAAGGAAAGAGUUACAGAGCUGCAGUAGAGAUCUGUCGUAAUAUAAACGAUCUGGAAGAUUUCUGUCGCCAUGUCUGCAAGAAGUUGGAAUGCUGUCCUAAUCUAAUUAGUCCGCAUCGCUACGGGGAAAUCUGUCCUGAGAACUGUGAUCAACUUACCAAAACCAAAUAUACUCAAUAUUUUGGAAAGAAAGUUCCUGGAAAAGUUGGCCGUCCACCUGGGGGUCACAGCAAUUUAGAAAAUGGUCCAAAGAAACCCGGAAAACGGGGCCGCAAGAGGAAAAAGCUUAACAUACUGGACGAGCGUGGGGAUAAUAACGAACGGGAAGAAAAUAGUGAAGAGGACGGAGAUGGUGUGUUAAGUGACACACAGACUGUGGGCAGUAAUGACUCUAAUGAUGCUGAGAGCAGAAAGUUCAAACGGAAAUACACUCACCACAUUCCUCCCCCCUCAGAGAUUAAAACCCGAGGGGCUAAACUUCCAAAGUACAGCUUCGAGAGGAAGACACAUAAGAAGAUUUUGAUUCCUCCAUCAGAGUUUUCUGAGGGUUCUACUAGAUUAGCAGCACGACACAACAAUGUGAUGUCACAAAGACAAGCACAGAUCGCUUCUCGUGAGAAAAGAAUCGUACCAGACUCACUACAUCUGUCAAGUAAUCCUCUGAAGUGGUCAGUGAAUGAGGUGGUCAAAUUCCUGAAGACCACGGACUGUGCCAAUCUAGCCAGGACUUGUAAGGAACAGGAUAUUGAUGGGCAGGCUUUGCUGUUGUUGACUUUGCCAGCCGUACAAGAAUUUAUGGAUCUGAAGCUGGGGCCUGCCAUCAAGUUCUGUCAUCAGAUAGAAAGGGUUAAACUAGCUUUCUUCACUCAGUAUGCCAAAUAAACUUUGCUCAACAUUACGAGGUGCACACAUCUUCCAUUAUACUCAUUCGUGAGGUUGUCUCGAACUUUUUGUCCGAGUUGUGAGGGUUAUUGAUGAAUGUUUUGAGUAUUCUCAUGUUAUGUAAGGGAUAUUGAAGUGGUGAUCUGGUAACAGUAGUGCUGCCAUGUUAUUGUUUGUUGUUUUUUUUUAACACAUUUUUGUUGCAUUAAAUGUUUUAAAGAAUCAGUACUAGUUCUGUGCAAUGCAAAUUGAAAUCCUUUUGCAAAAUACACUUUGGCAUAAUCUUAUUUAUUUUGGGCGUGCCGCUAACAGAUUUAGCGUGCUGCAAACUGAUUUGUUAUGACUAAUAGAUCUAAUGUCUUUUGUUAGUACAUAAAUUCAUUGAAUGGGUAUUUUCUAGGAAACCUCCUCUUGAACCUUAGAAUAUUUCUGUUUUCUUGAGGGGUGUACAUUUGUAAGGCAUACCUGGACCAUGUCAAUUACAGCCCCCCCCCCCCCCCCCCCCCCCCCCCCCCCCCCCCAGUGCAGAUACAGUUAUAGAAUGCAGCUUGUCUAAAGUUUGCAUGUUUUGGAUAGUAAUGUGGCUACAGGAUGAUACUCACAGCAUUCCAUUUUAGAAUGAAAUGUGCCUGUUUUUGAUUUACCACCUAUUUCAGAUUUUCUAAUUUCUAAACAAUGGCACUAUAUCAAACAAUGUGACUGAUCCAUUACGAUUUGAUGUUGAAUUAGUCAGUCAAUAUUGAAUGGACUUGUUUAGAAUUUGUAGCUAUUAAAACCUUAUCAGAGAUGCCAUGUAAGAUCUAAUGGAAUAAUUUUGAUGAAAGAGCCCAGCAAUAUAUAAAGAUGUGUUGACUGGGUGUUGGGGCACCAUCUCUUGUUGAGAACCAAACUGCUUCCUGUGGCAUGAAGCAGCAGGACGAUAAUUUGUCAUCGAACCAAAUCAACAGAUGUGUAUUAUGAAUAUUUAUGUUUAAUAUUGAUAAACUGUAAAAUGACUUAAUUUCAUGGGGACAAAGUUUGGGGCAUAUCCUAGGGGUCUUUUUAUUGCUUAUGACCUAGUAUUCCAUACUAGGUAGUUUAAUUUCUCUUGAUCGUGGAAGAUUUAAAACUUUAUGAAAAUGAAACCGGUUGUGGAAAUUGACGGUUUUACGGUACUUAUAUUUGACAUGUUACUUAUUUGUUUGUUGAAAACGCCAUGUAUAGAUAUCUGGUUCGUGAUAUCUAGAAUUAGAUUUUAUUUUAUUUAUAAGUGAUUUUUAUGGCCAGACUCGUUUAGCUGCUCGGUGAAUUACAUACACGUACUGUUCACAUUUAAUUUUGAUGUAAUUAGAUAUCAGGAACAAGCUCUUGUUGUCUGCUCUUUUUAAAUUUGUUAUGAUUUCUUAUUUAUACAAGAUAGGAACUUAAUUAUUAAUGAAGGUCAAGGUCAGAAUUGCAUGAUGGGUAAAUGUCAAGGUCUUGUAUGAAGAUUAGAAUUUUAUCUGCAGAAUUUGGUAUAGUGUUUCACUAAACACAUUUUGUUUAUCAGCAAAAAAGAUUUUAUUUGGUAAAACGCUUUAUCUCCUUUAUAUGUUACAGUAGGUAUUUCAGUUUUUGAAAUAUGUGUGCCCGUUUAUAACCACAAUUACAUUUGUUUGCAAUCCACAGGUGUGUAACUAAUGAAUUUUAGUUUUCUGUAAAAAAAAAAACAAACAAAAAAACUUUAGAAUAGACCAGCCUUUUUUUUCACAGAGAGCUACAGUUCUGUGACUGUAAGGUGUGAAGUUCUGUAUAUAUGUUGAACAUGAGGGAAUCAGAAAAUUCCAUUCAUUUAUUUCUAAAGGUGCUGCAACACCAGUGCGUUAUUCAGUUUAUCAUAUAUAUGCAUCGUACUGUUAAAUCUAAGGACAUUGUGAUCAUUUUUAUUCUGUUCAUUUACGUUUCACUUGUUAAACAUUUUUUAAAACAUGUUGCGUGAAGAUUUUUUUGUUUGUUAUCUUUUGCAAUCAUGUUUAUGACUUUUGUUUGCCCGUAUAAUUUUAAAACAUGAAAUAAAGCUGUUAUACUUUG